UGUGUUCCUCCUUUGCGCGCGGCGUAUGGCACGCAUACGUCACAUAUUAUACAGCAAUAUAUACCUAUGUAUAUACGUACGUAUGUAAGAGCGGCCGCCAUAUCGCAAAAAGAGAAAGAGCGACGACAUUACAUGUAGCAGUAGUACGAACUCUCUGCUGCCCGCAACGAGCGAGAGACCCGCAGUAGUCCCGCAUUCGAUACGACAAAAUUCGCCUUUAAUAAAACCUCCGCUGCGCGCUCGAUAUAUAAAAGGUACAUUUAUAUAGGCCUCGUACUCACGCACAGUUGGUAGAUUUGGCUAGUACGCAUACACGCAUACGGUACGCACAUAUACACACAGCAGCAGCAACAGCAGUGCAAAAGAGUCAAGCUUUAGCCACCGCCGGGCGGCCGCGGGCAGCGAUUUACACACUCAAAAGCGUCGCUCAUAUGUGAAUAUAUAUCUCGCGCUCCAUAAGUGCGAAAGAGAGCCGGCAGCAGACUCACAUAUACACAUUUAGAAUAUAGAGAGAGAGAGAGAGACGUAUAUAGGUAUAUAGUCGAAAGAGUCGCGGCAGCGCGGCGCAAUUUAUACAGCAGGCAUACAUGAGCCGAGCGCCACUACUCUCCUUCUCGUCGCACCACCCCGCAGAAGCAGCAGCAGCAGCAACAGCACUGCUACUAUCUAAUACCAGUCAGUCCACGCCGGCCACGCAGCAUCCAACAUGUGGUGAUUCCCUAGCUCAUCGUCAUCAUCGUCGUCCUCGCUCUCGCCGUCGCCCGUCUAGCAUCUGUCCGCAACCCUGAGUCAGACCGAGAGACCGUAUCGCCAUAUCGUAGCGGCAGCAGCGGUAGCAGCAGCAGCAGCAGCAGUUGUGUGAGAACACGCGCGCCUAUCUACCAGUAGUACUCGCGUUUACUUGCGAACAGCACGCGCGCCCGCGCCCGCAGCACACAGCCCCGGAGUCAGAGCUACCAGACGUAGUGGCUCAACGCCCAAGCUCGACGCGCACCAGCACCGUCGAUCAGCCGUGCAGUAGCAGCAACAACAAGCCAACAGCAGCCGCCUCAUCAUGGACGUGCAAACGGGUCUUAUUUAUGUGGCAGUUGUCGUUAUCUCGGCCCUAGUCAUAGGAUUUGUGUCCAUUUUCGCGAUGAAGGAAAAGUCCUAUGAAGAUGCUAUAAGGGAACAGCGAAAUCUACCUGAUGACCUACUAUUUGGGAGAAAAGAAAAGGUAAAGGAAAAGAAGCAUAAGAAUAAAGCCAACAAGAAGCCAAAGGAGAAGAAAGAAGAGAAAGAAGAAGUGAAAGAAAUUAAAGAGGAGAAAUCUGAGCAUGUGCAAUUUGAAGAAAAUCCACAAAUACUACCUGCUGAACCAACUGUACAGGAUAACAGCAAGGGUAAUAAAAAGAAGAGCAGAGCCGAAAAAAUCAAACCGAUCCUUGUGAAUAAGGACGAAUCGAUUUUAACAAGCGAUAUUAACGCCGCACAAAUAACACCUGUGCAAGAAGUCAAUCAUUUCGAUGUCACUCAACCGAAAGAUGAUCUCGAACUCAUUAGGAGUCACAGCCGGGAAAAUUUGCACCAAGCGAGCCAGCCCGCCGAAGCGUCAGCAACGACAGCACCAGCAACAGCACCGGCAGCGGUAAACAAAUCAUCGCCAAAAGAUACCCCGACCAGAGGUUCCAUCAAGAAGAAUGCUAAGGACAAGGACGCGAAGAAAAAAGACGAGCCCAAGGAAGAGAAAAAGGAGUCUUCGCCAGCGGCAAGAGCAGCAGCAGGCCAACAUCAGCAGCAAGCCGGCAAAGAUAAGGAAGUGAAGGAAACGAAGGAGAAAGAGAAGCCGAAGGAAGUAACAGCGAACAAGGAAGGAAAGGAGGUAAAGGAGAAUGUCGUGGCUAAGGAGACGGCCGCGCUGGUUCACUCGACCAACAGGGAGAACCACCAACAGCAACAGCACUCCAAGAAGAACAAGAAGCAAAAAGAUAUUCUCGCUCAGAUCGGCGGGGAUAAAGACGGCGUCAAUUUCUCUCUACUGCAACCUCUCGUCCAAAAAGCUGAGCUGAGCCGCAGCGAGAUUCAAUUUCUAAUUGAGUCACUGCUCAACAAGCAGCAGGAAAAUCCUGCCGGCGAGCAAGCUGAAUGGAGCGAGGGCCGAGCCGAUCCCGUGAUGAAACUCAAGCGCCAGUUGGCCGACAAGGAAAAGGCCCUGCGCGACGAGCAAGAAGCCACUGCUGGAGUACAGAGCAGACUUGUCGAGUUGCGCCAGGAGCUUAACUCCGAGCGAUCUCGUUAUACUGCAGCCGUACGGCAGCUGGAAGAAGCCUUGACGGCCAAGACGACCGAGGCUGCGACGCUACACACUCGUAUGCAGCAUAUUCUCGAAAGUCACGCUGCCGAGAAACAAGGCUAUGCUCGUCAAAUUGAGCAGCUCCAAACCAAAAUCAACGAGGACGCUGCCAUCAUUGUAAAAAUGCAGGAAGACCAGGGCCAUUCCCACGGCCAGAUGCAACAAGAAAUUUUAAACCUUCGCAAACAGAACGAGUUCCAGCUCAACCAGAUGCGUGAACAGCUUAGCAGAAAAUCCGAGGAGAUAACUCAAAUUCAAGCCGCAAAUAUGACCUUGCAACAAGAAUUUCAGGCUACUUGCGAUUCGAGCGCUCACGAAAUUGAAGUUUUACGAUCACAAUUGGUCAUCGCUGAUAAUGAUCGCAUCCAUCUGCAAGGUCAAAUUCAACAGAUGAAAGAGUCUGCAGAUCAGGUGCCUGAUCUCGUGCACCAGCUGGAGGAGGCGCUUCGUCAGAAAACCGAAAUAGAUCAGCGCAUGAAACAAAUGCUCCGUCACGAGCAGGAGCUUCAAAAACAGAUAUCCAGGAUACAACCUGAACUUUCUACUUUAAAUCUUCAACUUGAGCAGGCUCGUAAUGAGCUUGCAACUGAACGCCAAAAAAGCGAGGAAACUGUCAAAGAGUUAACCGAAGCUAAAACUAAGCAACUGCAAAAGGUAGAGUCAGAGCUUCAAGACGCUAAAGCUCGCAUUAAUGAGCUACAGCAGCAAAAUGAAACUUUGGCCAAGGAACUCGAGGCUGUCACUGAGCUUCAGCAAGAAAUUAAAAAUCUGCGUAAAGAGAAUGAGAAAAGUGCCGGACUUAUUUCACAAAUGGAAGCUGCUAACGCUCAACGUCCGCCUGUAGAAGGCCGUGAAAACGGUAUUGAAGAGGUUGGAGGAAAACAAAAUAUCAUUGAACAUGAUUACGACAAAUUACUGGUACAGAAGGAUGAUCAGAUUUCAAAAUUGAAAGCGACGGUAUCAGAAAAAGAAGAAGAAUUUAAUAAGAUCAACGAACAAGUCAAAUCUUUAAGAGCAGAAGUUGAGAAGCAUCAUAAUCUGGCUGAGGAACUCGAGAAGAAACUAAAUGAACAAAAAGAUAAAAAUAAUGAUUUACGAAGAUUGAAUCACAAAGUGAUGGUAGCUUAUAAGUCAACUGAGAAACGUUUGAUUGUUUCUUUGGAAAACAACUCGCAGGUUCUUGUACAAAAAAGUAUAGUCGACGAAGGAAAAGAAACAAAAGCUUUAGUUAGUAGAAUAUUCCCUGAUAUUGAAGUAUCUGGAAAAUCCCAUGAAGAUUUGCUGACGGCAUUUGAAGAGCGACUUCACCAAACUGUGGAAGAAAGCAAAAAUUCUUCCAAGGUGUACGAGGAGCUCGAUUCAGCAAACAAAAACCUACAGGCCUUGGUCAACCAUUACAAACAAAUUAUUUAUGAUACAGAAAGUAUGUUGAACAAACUUCAAAAUCACAUAGAAUCGGAAGAAAAGAGGUGGCAGGCACAGCUCAGAGUUAAAGAUGUAGAAAUCGAUAAUCUAAGGACAGAAAUCACUGAAAUUAAAAAUAAGGCAUCUGCUGGUGUUGAACUUACACAAAAAGUUGCCGAACUUGAAGCAAGGCAAAGUGAGUCAAAGGGUGUCAGCAGUAGUACACCUGAUCUUGGAGUAGUUGAAAAGUUACAACAGGAAAAAGACGUGCUUUGUCAUCAAUUACAAGAGGAAAGUAAAAAAUUGGAAGGUCUGAAUUCUGAAGUGAAUCAGCUCCGUGCACAAUUAGAAAAAACCCACGUUGCUUUGGCAAACGAAGAACAAAAUAAUUUUAAACUUGCACGAGAAAUUAAAGAGAUGUCCGAACUAAAAAAUACCACCAGUGCUGAUAGUAGUAGUUCAGAACAGUUAGCACAAAACGGUCCUCCUAAUGAUGAUUCUCCACAGAGCGAGACAACAUUAGAAAAGCAAAGUCCACUAGCUGUCUUAAAACAAACCCUACUGAAGAAUCCCGAGCUUGAAUGUUUCCUAAUUGACACUAAUGGUAAAGUACAAUCGGAAGACAAUGACAACGAUUCCCUAACUAAUUCCUGUGACAUGACUAAUAAAGUUGCAAAAAAUAACUUCCACGGACAGCAGAAAAAAAAGAGCAAGAAAAAACGGAAGGGUGGCUCAGGAAAAAAGUAACUCCAAAAAACGAAGUACGCUGAUGUCAGAGAGAAGUGGAGGUGUGACAAGAGGCAUAGAAGAUUAAAGUGUCAAAAGCAUGCAUGGUCAUGUUACGAAAUACAAACAGACUUUGCAUAUAAGACUAAUAUAAUUGAAUAAUACAGUUAUUAUAAAGUAUAAUAUUUUAUUAUGUGGAUAAAAUACAAAUGAUUAAACAUGUAGUUAGUAAAAAAGAUUGGAUACAAAAUAUUAAAAAUGGUGUGUGUAAUGGUCCCAAUGAUAUAAAUGCAUAAAUGCGAGCUGUAAACUAAAAUGUUGCAUGUUAGUAAGGGCGUUUUUUUUAAAGAGAUUAUUUUUUGUUAUAUAGAAAAUCAAACGGUCUAAAGAUUAUAGUUCGUACAUAAAAUAUACGUUUUUGAUAAUUUACAAUUAAUUUCAACGAAAUGCACUCGUGGUCAUGUCCUUCCGCUGUAUAUGGAGUUAGAUAGUAAGUGAACGAGCGAAAAAGUGAUUUUUAAAAUGAACUAUCAAUGUUCGUGGUAUAGGUGAUUUUAAUGAAAUGUUGAAUACAAGUUUAACUAAAACUUUGUAUCAUAUAUAUGUGAAUCUACCAUUGAGAUUUGUCUCCAACCGUAAAAACGAUUUAUAUACAAAAUGUAGAACAAAUAUUUAUGAAUUAUGUGCAAUAAUUAAUACAGAGAAGGUUUUUUCUUCUUCUUCAAAUAUACUUAUACGACAAAUUUUAGUAGACUUUUUUAAACGAGAGAAUAUUUAUUACUCAAUAGAAUCAAAUCAUUGGCAAUGUAUCACAAAUUUAAAAUUGAUUAGUUUUGGUUAUUUUUUAACUUUUGAAAUUAUCAAUUUUUGGACCUGUUAAAUUAUUUAUAGUAUUUUAUAAGUUUCUUUUUUUUUUUUAGAUUUGUAUUGUGUUAGUGCAUACAUGUAAGAGGUAUCAAGAGGCGUUGAAUCUAUAUUUAUAUCAUUAUAAAUAUUUCAAUCAAAAUUAAUCAAAGAAAUUACACUUGAGUGCAUUCAAAUAGUCCAAGAUAAUUUUUAAUUUACAUAAUUGUGAAAUCCUUUUCUACUUGACGAGUUAUUUAUUAGAUGUUUUGUGAAAUUUAUAGAUAUAUAAAUUAUUGAUUGUUUAGCCUUUUGAUUUAUUCUUCGAUCGGCCUCUUACCCAUAAAAGUAACUACAACUAUUAAGAAAAUUAUUCGAAGUAUGAGUAAAUUUUUUUAUAAGAUUGUAAACUGAAAAAGGGUAAAUGGAUAAAGAUUUAUCUAAUAACAUGAAUUAUAAAAUAAACAUUUUAUUACUUAA